AUGAAGGCAACAAGGAGACUCCUGCUGCAUCAGUACGCCUUGGCAUGCUCAUCGGCGUCUCCUUCCUUUCCGUUGUUUCCAAGAAACGCGUUGGCUCGAACGCAUCUGAUCUUUGGCGCCAACACGGAUGUGGGAAAGACCGUGAUCUCGGCCGGAUUGGUCCAAGCAUCCCUUCGACAGGAGCAACAACAACAACACACUGUUGUUCACUACAUCAAGCCAUUGCAGUGUGGUGGCAGUGAUGAAAAAUUCGUCACCAAGCACUGCGGUGGCGACUUGCAUGGACGACGACUCCAGCCACAAACACUCUUCAACUGGGAAACACCUGCCUCGCCUCAUGUGGCUUGUAUCAAGGAAAAUAUGCCCCAGAGCGAUGACACUGUUUUGUCAGCCUUACAAUCCGCCUUGGCACAGAUUGCCGAAUCAUCUCAAGAAGAACCCACCGCCACUUGGAUUGAAACGGCAGGAGGCGUCCUCAGUCCCUCAUCGGCAUCACCCGAAAACAACUCGGACUACCAUGCCUUUUCCACAGCAAAUGGCAGAAGUAGUACUGGUAAUAGUGAGCCCAACAAUAAGUGGGGGUGGCUCACACAGGGUAGUUUAUAUCAACCAUUGGCACAAAUGGCACCCGUUAUUCUCUGUGGUGAUGGACGAUUGGGAGGUAUCAGUGCCACCUUGUCCUCACUAGAGUCGCUCAUUGUGAGAGGAUACAAUGUUGUCGGUAUUGUCAUGCUGGAAACUGGCUAUGAUAAUGUUUCUGCCCUUCGAGAAUAUGCCGGCCGCAACGUCAAGCUUCAAUCCAGCCAAGGACACAUUCUGUUUCAGGAUCCCAGCCAAUCCAUCAUUUCUCUGCCACAACUACCACCCGAACCAGAGCCACUUCAUGACUGGUAUGCUUCCCCAGAGGUGGUCCAAACAUUGAAUGAUUUCAAUUCCUUCUUGAGCGACAGCUGGGAUGCGGAAGCAGCAACUUCAUAA